CAAAAAGAAAAAAUGAAGCCUUCACAGAUUGAUGUCGAUGGAAUCAUGACUUCUUUGGGAGAUUCCAAAUAUUUCCACACCACUCAAUACAUUAUGAUUUGUAUUCCUAUGCUUUUAGCGUCAACAAACACUUUCUUCUACGUUUACUUUGCCACCACACCUGAAUACAGAUGUAAUAAUCUGACACAGUCUCAGCUCAGUCAAUACAACAUAUCGAUCAAUGAAGAAGACAAUCUGAUAUAUGAUAAGUGCUCCAUAGAUAUCAUCAAUACGAAUGGAGAAGUUACAGGUGAGAACCGAACCCUGGACUGUCUGAAUGGUUAUUAUUACACUACACCAGUUGAUAAAUCUAUCGUGUCACAGUGGGAUCUGGUCUGUAACAAAGAAGGAUUGGCUGAAUCUACCCAAAUAUUUUAUAUCGUGGGUCAAAUGAUUGGUGGUUUGACAGCACCUUAUUUGAUUGAAAGAUUUGGACGGAAACCAGCGCGUGUGUCAAGCAGUGCCUUGUUGAUAAUCUUCAACUUAUUCGGUGCAUUUUCGCCAUUCUACUCCUUGUUUGCAGCCAUGAGAAUUUUCAUUGGAAUACUAAGAGAAGCAUUUCUUCUUAGCUCUGCAACUUUGGUUUGUGAAUUAUAUCCCAAAGAAAAGCGUAUCAUUAUGACUGGUAUAUUUCUGAAUAUCUGGAGCGUUGGUAAUUGUCUUGUCGGGUUCAUAGCCUAUAUGUUGAAGGAUUACAGUUGGAACAUGUUAUUCCUAUUUAAUGCUGCUCUCUCGGGAUAUUUUAUUGUGGAUUUCAUUUUCCUGGAGGAAUCUACAAGGUGGUUAAUUGCCACUUCGAAAAUAAAUGCAGCUGAGAAGAUUGUCAAAAAGGCAGCUAAACAAAAUAAAGUUGACUUUGACACUGUUUGGCAUAUUACUUUAAAAGAUACUUCAACACAACAAACAGCUAGUCCCGUGAACGAAACUAAUCUCGACGGGCGAAACUGUGAGUCUAAUGUCGAGGCAAACGUCAAAGCAGUUGUCGAUCAGUCACAAAUAGAAGUUGAAAAAGAAGCUCCUAUGUUAGUAAAAUUACUUGUUAUAUUUAAGUCACCUUAUCUGAGGAAAGUUACCAUCGUUAUGUCUAUUGCAUGGGCUGUGGACAUGACAUCAGCAAACGGUAUUAUGCUAAUGUCGGAGGUUCUUGGUGAUAAUGUUUAUAUCGUCUUCCCUUCAAUAUGUUCACUGGAAAUCUUAACUAAUAGUCUAUAUGCUGUUUCAGCGAAAAGAUUUGGUCACAAAGUAACUCUGGAAUGUUUCAAGACAUUUUCUGCCGCCUGUGUUAUAACAGCAUCGCUGAUAAAACUUCUGGCAGAGAAAAGCGAGACAAUGAAAUACGUCUGCUUGGUAUUGUUUGUUGUUACUGGUGCUACAGCGAAUGGUGCCACUGGUGGUGACAGGAUUUACAUUUCGGAAUUAUUUCCCACAGAAAUACGAAGUGCCGGAUCCGGUUUUGCUACGACUUUCGUUCGAACCGUAGGCUUGUCAACACCUUUAUUCAAACUAUUGGCUUUGAAUAUUCCAUGGGCUCCAGGUAUUAUCAUAGGAACUGGAUGUAUAGUUUCUUCCAUUUUACUUCAUAUAUAUCUACCAGAAACAGGAAACCUUGUUUUACCACAGAAAAUCAACGACGUGAUUUGAUUCGGAGAUAUUGAACUGAGAGUGUAUAGCAUGUAAGAAUUGUAUUCAAUAUUGCAUUUAUAAAUUACUGAUACGUUGACAAUACUUUGCAUCAAUGCUAUAAGGUAUUACAGGAUAUAUCUAUAGACUUUUGCAAACACCGAACAAAGUAGACAAAUAUAAAUACUUUGUCUAUAUUUUUCUGUCCAUGAUUAGAAGAAAUGCAGGAAAAAAAACAAACAACAACAAAAAGAAAAACAAAGCAAACCAAACAACCAAAAUAUUUCACAUAUAGUUCAUCUUUUAAUUGUGUUUAGCUAGAAUGUAAAGUAAGAAUUAUAUGUGGGAACUCAGGCUUUUCCGCUUUUAUUAUAAAUAUGUUGCUCUUAAGGAUUGUUUUAGCCAAUUGCAAUCUUGCAAGUCAAUCCCACUUGGAAUUACUGCAUAAUGGAGUUUAAAGAAAUGUAAUUAAUUGAUCGCUUAAUUUUCGUAGAUUAUUUUUGUUAGCGAUGAUUUAUUAAUUGAGUUCUUAAUUGCAGUAGAUUUUUCAUGUUUGUAUAUAACUUCUCUAUAUGGAUAUAUCUCUGUCCAUGAUGAUAACGGACAAGACAUUUAUAUAUGUCUAUCACACCUAAAACUUAAUGGAUACACUCUAUAGUAUAUAACAGCAUAAUGAAAGUGAUGAAUGAUGGCUUCUAUAAAUACAUCAACGACUUAUUGGUGGAUGUCGAUACCAUGUAGAACAACGGUUCGACUAUUUUCCCCUGUUUGAUUACUAUUUUGUUCUGGUGGACACCCAUAAACACAGAAACUUCUUUCUUAUAAAAUACAAUCGUGGAUCGCCAGAUUACUAUUUUACUUGCAUGGAGCCCCUUCCUCCAAUCGUAUAGGGAACCUCAGUGGUCAUAUGGACGCCAGUUGAGAACCACUGGUCCAGAAUGUAGAUGUAAUAGAAAGUCAAUAAAUAU